GCAGCGUGGGGACCCCGGAGUAGAAAGCCCCGGGGACAAGGAAGGAAGGCCCGGCCGACAAAUCCCUGAGCAACCGUUCUUCUUCGAUUUUGGGGACAGCUUGCCCCACCUCGUCUUCAAACGCCCCCAUCUCACCCCCCAGCCCCGGCCGCUGACGGGAGGAGGCGGCGGCGGCGGCAGCGGGGGGCUGAGGGGCGCCGCCAUGCCUCUGCCGCGGUGAAGCGCCCCGGCCGUGAGGAGCCGCUGGUCUCCCCGGUGAUGUCCCCCAGGCGGCAGGCGAAAGCGACUCACUCGAGCCCUAGGCGAUGGCAGAGGAACAACAACAGCCGCCACCACAGCAGCCUGAUGCCCAUCAGCAGCUUCCCCCCAGCGUCCCCAACUCGGGGGUGGCCCUGCCAGCCCUUGUGCCCGGGCUGCCAGGGACAGAGGCCAGCGCGCUGCAACACAAGAUCAAGAACUCCAUCUGCAAAACUGUACAAUCUAAAGUGGACUGCAUUUUGCAAGAAGUUGAGAAGUUUACAGACCUAGAGAAACUCUACCUCUACCUUCAGCUGCCUUCUGGUCUCAGCAAUGGAGAGAAAAGUGAUCAGAAUGCCAUGUCAUCUAGUCGGGCACAACAAAUGCACGCCUUUUCCUGGAUUCGGAAUACCCUAGAGGAACAUCCUGAGACUUCACUGCCCAAACAGGAAGUCUAUGAUGAGUACAAGAGCUAUUGUGACAAUCUUGGUUACCAUCCAUUAAGUGCUGCUGAUUUUGGAAAGAUCAUGAAAAACGUCUUUCCAAAUAUGAAGGCACGUCGUUUGGGCACAAGAGGCAAAUCUAAAUAUUGCUACAGUGGACUAAGAAAAAAAGCUUUUGUUCAUAUGCCAACACUGCCCAACCUUGACUUUCACAAAACUGGAGACGGGUUGGAAGGAGCCGAACCUUCUGGGCAGCUUCAAAAUGUAGAUGAAGAAGUUAUCUCUUCUGCUUGCCGUCUUGUGUGUGAAUGGGCCCAGAAAGUGUUAAGCCAACCAUUUGACAACAUCUUGGAAUUAGCCCGCUUCCUUGUAAAAAGUCACUAUAUAGGCACCAAGUCAAUGGCAGCUCUAACUGUAAUGGCAGCAGCACCAGCAGGAAUUAAAGGAAUUACCCAGCCUUCUGCUUUUAUACCUACAGCUGAAAGUAAUUCCUUUCAGCCUCAGGUGAAGACUUUGCCAUCUCCAAUUGAUGCUAAACAGCAGUUGCAACGGAAAAUCCAAAAGAAGCAGCAAGAGCAGAAACUACAAUCCCCUUUGCCAGGAGAAUCCUCAGCAAAAAAAUCAGAAAGUGCUGCAAGCAAUGGAGUAACUAAUAUUCCUAAUGGAAAUCCUUCAAUCCUUUCUCCUCAACCUAUUGGUAUCGUUGUGGCAGCUGUCCCUAGUCCCAUUCCGGUCCAGAGGACUAGGCAAUUGGUAACUUCACCGAGUCCAAUGAGUUCUUCUGAUGGCAAAGUUCUUCCUCUCAACGUACAGGUGGUCACUCAGCACAUGCAGUCUGUGAAGCAGGCACCAAAGACUCCCCAGAACGUUCCAGCCAGUCCUGGUGGAGAUCGUUCUGCCCGGCACCGUUACCCUCAGAUCUUACCCAAACCAGCCAACACCAGUGCACUCACCAUUCGCUCUCCAACUACUGUCCUCUUUACUAGUAGUCCCAUCAAAACUGCUGUUGUACCCGCUUCACACGUGAGUUCUCUAAAUGUGGUGAAAAUGACAACAAUAUCCCUCACACCCAGCAACAGUAACACCCCUCUUAAACAUUCUGCCUCAGUCAGCAGUACUACAGGAACAACAGAAGAAUCAAGGAGUAUUCCACAGAUCAAGAAUGGUUCUGUCGUAUCACUUCAGUCUCCUGGAUCCAGGACCAGCAGUGCAGGGGGAACAUCUGCUGUGGAAGUCAAAGUGGAACCUGAAACAUCAUCAGAUGAGCAUCCUGUACAAUGCCAAGAGAACUCUGAUGGGGCUAAAGCUCCCCAAACACCUAAUGCCCUUUUGGGGCAGAAAAGUAAUACAGAUGGAGCACUGCAGAAACCUUCAAAUGAAGGUGUCAUUGAAAUAAAAGCAACUAAGGUCUGUGACCAGAGGACCAAAUGUAAAAGUCGCUGUAAUGAGAUUCUGCCAGGCACAUCAACAGGCAAUAAUCAAAGCACUGUCACUCUAUCAGUUGCUUCUCAGAACUUAACUUUCACCAGCACCAGCUCACCAUCUAAUGGUGACUCAAUCAAUAAAGACCCUAAAUUAUGCACUAAAAGCCCAAGAAAACGACUGUCUUCUACAUUGCAAGAAACACAGGUGCCUCCUGUAAAGAAACCAAUUGUGGAACAGCAUUCAGCAGCUACCACAGAAGGGCAGAAACAAGGCAGUGUUAAGAAGGACCAAAAGGUUCCACAUUCAGGGAAAACAGAAGGUUCAACAGCAGGUGCUCAGAUUCCUAGCAAGGUAUCAGUAAAUGUCAAUUCACACAUAGGAGUGAAUCAACCCUUGAAUUCUCCUGCCCUUGUUAUCAACGAUUCAGCUUUGGAACAGCCAACAACUCCAUCAUCAUCUCCAGAUAUAAAAGUAAAACUUGAAGGAAGUGUCUUUCUCUUGGACAGUGAUUCAAAGUCAGUUGGCAGCUUUAAUCCAAAUGGAUGGCAACAAAUCCCUAAGGAUUCUGAGUUUAUAUCUGCCAGUUGUGAACAACAGCAAGAUAUCAGUGUUAUGACAAUUCCUGAGCACCCUGAUAUCAAUGACUUAGAAAAAUCUGUUUGGGAAUUAGAAGGAAUGCCACAGGACACAUACAGCCAGCAGCUACAUACCCAGAUACAAGAAUCUUCUUUGAAUCAAAUACAAGCACAUUCUUCAGAUCAGUUACCUCUGCAAUCUGAACUGAAGGAGUUUGAGCCUUCUGUUUCCCAGACAAAUGAAAGCUACUUUCCUUUUGAUGAUGAACUUACACAAGAUAGUAUUGUGGAAGAGCUGGUGCUUAUGGAGCAGCAAAUGUCAAUGAACAAUUCGCAUUCCUAUGGCAACUGUUUGGGAAUGACUCUUCAGAGUCAGUCAGUAACUCCAGGAGCUCCCAUGUCAUCUCACACCUCCAGCACCCACUUCUAUCAUCCAAUCCAUAGCAAUGGCACUCCAAUCCACACACCUACACCCACACCCACACCCACUCCUACUCCAACCCCAACCCCAACCCCAACAUCUGAAAUGAUUGCUGGAUCUCAGAGUCUAUCACGGGAGAGCCCUUGCUCCAGGCUAGCCCAGACUACACCUGUGGAUAGUGCUUUAGGAAGUAGCCGACAUACACCCAUUGGUACUCCACAUUCUAACUGCAGCAGUAGUGUCCCUCCCAGCCCUGUUGAAUGCAGGAAUCCAUUUGCAUUCACUCCAAUAAGCUCCAGUAUGGCAUAUCAUGAUGCCAGCAUUGUGUCAAGUAGUCCUGUGAAACCGAUGCAAAGACCCAUGGCCACACACCCUGACAAAACAAAGCUUGAAUGGAUGAAUAAUGGGUAUAGUGGGGUUGGUAAUUCAUCAGUUUCUGGCCAUGGCAUUCUCCCAAGCUAUCAGGAACUAGUGGAAGACCGUUUCAGGAAACCUCAUGCUUUUGCUGUGCCUGGACAGUCUUAUCAGUCUCAAUCCAGACAUCAUGACACUCAUUUUGGCCGUUUGACUCCUGUCUCUCCUGUGCAGCAUCAAGGUGCCACUGUAAAUAACACCAACAAACAGGAGGGUUUUGCAGUCCCUGCCCCUCUUGAUAAUAAAGGAACUAAUUCAUCUGCCAGCAGCAACUUCAGAUGCCGGAGUGUGAGCCCUGCUGUUCAUCGCCAACGUAAUCUUAGUGGAAGCACCCUGUAUCCAGUAUCUAAUAUCCCACGAUCUAAUGUGACCCCCUUUGGAAGUCCAGUAACCCCCGAAGUUCAUGUUUUCACAAAUGUUCACACAGACACAUGUGCCAACAACAUAGCUCAAAGAAGCCAAUCAGUUCCAUUAACAGUCAUGAUGCAGACAGCCUUCCCAAACGCUCUUCAGAAGCAAGCAAACAGUAAAAAAAUAACCAAUGUUUUGUUGAGUAAACUUGAUUCUGACAAUGAUGACGCAGUGAGAGGUUUGGGAAUGAACAACCUGCCCUCCAAUUAUACGGCCCGGAUGAAUCUCACUCAGAUUUUAGAACCUUCUACUAUUUUUCCUAGUGCCAACCCACAAAAUAUGAUCGAUUCCAGCACUUCUGUUUAUGAAUUCCAGACACCAUCUUACCUCACCAAAAGUAAUAGCACCGAUCAGAUCAAUUUUUCUCCUGGAGAAAAUCAAGCACAAUCAGAAAUUGGAGAGCAACAGUUAGAUUUCAAUAGCACUGUUAAAGACCUGUUGAGUGGAGACAGCUUGCAACCCAACCAGCAGCUGGUAGGUCAGGUAGCAUCUGAUCUCACUAAUACUGCAUCUGAUUUCUCUAGCGAUAUCAGGUUGUCUUCUGAGCUCUCAGGCAGCAUCAAUGAUUUGAACACUUUAGACCCAAAUCUACUGUUUGAUCCAGGUCGUCAGCAGGGACAAGACGAUGAAGCUACACUGGAAGAAUUAAAGAAUGAUCCAUUAUUUCAACAAAUUUGCAAUGAAUCCAUGAAUUCUAUGACUUCAUCAGGUUUUGAAUGGAUAGAAAGCAAGGACCAUCCUACUGUUGAAAUGUUGGGUUAAAUUGUGUUUUAUAAUAUGUAGCACACUGUAUCUAAAGACAUAUGUAUUGUAUUUGUCUUAAUGGAAGUGCCUCCCGCAGCAGAAAUACUAUUAAUUGUGACAUUAUAAAAGCGUUUGCUGCAGAAGUGGUUUCUUCUUCAGUAGGAAAUGGUUAGACUUGCCUCAGUUCUUAACAAGUGUCUAAAGACAGUAGUCUGUAGAAGAACAAGUAUUAGGUUUUAAAUUUUAUAACGUGCCCCAUUUAAUCACAUUGUUUGCUAGUAAACAAUUGACUAUCCAGCUGUUACAAGAGCAGUCAAUCUUUAUUUUGUGUAAGUUGGUUUUAUCAGUUGAUCUGCACAGAACUCAGAAUAAACCAUCAAUUUUAGAUAUAGGCUAUUUUGUUGUUGGCAUUAUCUUUUAGAUAUAAAAUCAUAGCUAAGGUGAACUGUAGACAAGAAGGUCUUCCUUGAAACAGGGAUAAUAUUCAGGUUAUUAUAAAUAUUUAGGCUUGAAGCAUAGAGCUACUGUAGGAUGAAAAUCUCUGUAGGACUUUCUGGGGCUUCAGUACCAUUUAUACACCCAUGAUGAAGGGCUUAAAUAGGAGAAAAUAACGGAAAAUUAAAUAUUACUUUAAGGAAAGCAAAGCUGCACUAAAAUUUUUAAGAGAAGCAAGUAGCCAUUUAUAUUUGUGACCCUGCAUUAAUAUUAUUUGUAAGUGUUGAUUUUAAUACGGAGCUAGCCCACAUGGAUGCGCAGGCACGCACACACAAAACAAGUACAUGUAAUUCAACAUUUGUAAUAUAAUAAAUACAAGCAUGUUAGAAAAAUGCUUUAUGUUUUGUUGAGGCAGGGGAAUGAGAAGGAAAACAAAAGCAUUCUCUUCGUUUCAUCACAAUGGCUGCAUGUACUUAUUGAGAUUCUAACUGAGAUUUAUUUUGAAAUUUUUCAUUAAAAUAUAUCUCAGUAAUCAAUUUUUUCCUCUUCAGUUGAGUGACUGAUGCCUUCACUCCUCUUGAAUAUAGUAACAUAGUUUGAUCGUAGGAUCCCUUUGAAAAACAAGCAGGAAGGAGGAUAACAUAAAAAACAGCAAAAAACAUUUCACCACAUAAGGUCUGAAGCCACAUAUCUUCGUAUCUCUGAUGAAACAAAGGGGAUAUCAAUAGUACUUGAAGAAGAGGAGCAUUUUAUUACUUGCUUUAUUUAUUUAUUGUGAUAACCACAAUUGCAAAUGAAGAACUCAGGAUUUGUUUUAAAAUGUUUCUCUCUAUGGCUCCCUUUUUUUUGUGAAUAAUUAUUUAUGAGUUGCAUAUUGACACAAAUCUUCUCACUGGUUGAAAGCUCCAUUUAAGUGAGUAUCGAGAUCACUUUCAAAAAGAUUUUUAAAUUGCCGUUGUUUUUAAAGCUAACAAAAAACCAUUUGCUAUGCUACCUUGAACCUAGCUAAGCUUUCCUUUAUCUUAGUAAGCCAAUCAGAAGACUACAAUCAAUGAAUACUUAGCAAAUGUGCUGAAGAGUUUAAUUUAAUAAGGUUUUGUUGUUCAAUAAAUUUGCAAAGUAGGGUAUUAACAUAUUUUGAUAAAUAAAUGGUGCUAGAGUUGGCGCAGAGGUUUAUAAAUUGAUAUGUCUUAGUUAUUGGCAUUUGUGUGUGUUUGCUGUUAUCCUGAUUUAAUGAUUUGUUAGGUACUUUUUUCUUGAUGCUAAUUAUUUCUUCACUGUACAUUGAGACAGAGCACUACUGCACACCAAAGUAUGCAAUACCCAAAGGAAAUUGUGUGAUUUCUUCUAACAAAUGAUGGGAGCCUUUCUCUAUGAGAUACUCUGAAAAGGAGAUUUUGAGGCCAUUCUAAUCCCUUGUUUACAUUAUUAGCUUCCUACUAAUAUAAAAAUAAUGGAAAUCUUUUUUGAUAAAAAUAUAAAGACUGGAGGAUUUUUAACCCCCUGUACAGUAUUGCAGCAAACUCUUUAAAUUUGGUUGAAUUCGUCCAGCAAACUUUUUGGGGUUCCUAUAUUGCACUAAAUUUGUUGAACCUGUGGUAGGCACAUCUCUUAGGAUAAAUGCAACCAAUACAGUCCACAGAUUAAACUUUUUAAAUGUGUUUCAUUAUGAAAAGACAAAAUGUCAUCAAAGUGACAGAUAAAAUUGUCUUAUGUAGCAAUGUGCAUUGAUCUCAAUGAGAUAUUUCUAUUAUUCUCUUACAUGAGAAUAUUACAGCAGGAAGAAUUAAGUUUAGUUUGCUUCACCAUGUUAAUACAUGAUCACAAAAUGUGCAUGAGUGUUAUUGACUUAUCUUGUACAGUACUAGGAUUCCUGUAACCACUCUUUUUUUUCUUCGCUGUAUUGAAACUGGUUCACUGUUAACCAGGCAAGCAUAGUUAUUCACAGGUUGUUUACUUUAUGUUUACUAAUUCUGCUUAGUUAUUGUUGAACAUGUUCUGUUCCAGAUUAUUUUUUAUUGUUUUGAUGUUUAAAACAUUUUACAUACUGUUUAUCAUAAGACUUCAUGAAGUAAAUAAUUUUGCAUAUAAUUGCAAUAAGCACUGACUUUUGAACUGAAAAGAAGGAAAGUGUUUUUUUGUGCAGUGCAUUUGAGGUUCAUAUAAUAGUCUUGUACUAUAAUGUGCUUUACUACACGAUAAAUGACAAAAACAAGCCCUGUUUCAUGUUUCAUUUAGUGCAAAAAGUCAGAUUUCCCCAGUGUUUUGUUGUCUGUUGUACCUGCUGAAACUACAGUAGUUGAAUAUUGCGGUAGCAUUUCAGUUCUCUUUUUUUAUUAAAAGUGCUUAAAAAUUGUUUUUUAAAUGUUUUCAAAAACAAUUAAAAACAUUUUAUAUUAAA